GCCACAACUCCUUCGUUGACCUUUUGCGGUCUCGGUUGUGGUUUGAAUUAUCAGUCAUAUUGUACUCCGUUUUGUGGUAUUCAAGUUAUUGGCCCUGCGCAGGGCAGAUCGUGGAGUCAUGGAUUUGAACAAAACCAUCGCCUCGACUCUGUCAGCCGAUGCGAAUAUUCGAACCCAGGCAGAAUUGGACCUCAAGCAUGCGGAACAGCAUCCUGGCUUCAUUGGAGCACUUCUCGACAUCCUACAGACCGAGCAAGACCCUGGAAUCCGACUGUCGUCCGCAGUAUAUCUCAAGAAUCGAAUAUCGCGAGGAUGGAGCACGGAAAAUACACCGCAUUUACCAAUAUCCGAGCCUGAACGAAAGCCUUUCAAGGAUCGACUCCUUCCCGUACUAUCUACUUCUCCUCCGCUUGUUCGAGCGCAACUCAUCCCAAUCCUUCAAACGAUUCUGCAGUACGAUUUUCCUGCAAAAUGGCCGGAGCUGAUGGACAUAACUCUGCAAUUGAUGAGCACUCAGGAUGUCAAUUCGGUCUAUGCAGGGCUGCAGUGCUUGCUGGCUGUAUGCCGCACCUAUCGGUUCCGGGCUGGAGAAGAGAGAGCGAAUCUGGACAAAGUGGUCAAUGUCGGCUUUCCCGCCUUGCUGGCGAUUGCAAACAGACUCGUGAAUGAGAGCAGCCCGGAGGCGGGCGAGAUGCUGAGGAUAUGCGUCAAGUGCUACAAGCACGCUGUCUACUAUGGUCUACCACAACCGCUCCAGUCCCAUCAGGCGACGGUGGAGUGGUGUACAUUGUUCUUGACCAUCAUCUCCAAGGAAACACCAGAGUGGGCAAUGCCCGAGGAGACCGAUGAUCGAGAAAGGAAUCAUUGGUGGAAGGCACGAAAGUGGUCGUACGCGAACCUGAACCGGCUGUUUGUCAGGUACGGCAACCCGUCUGGUCUCACAACCACCCAAGAGAAGGAAUAUGGCGAUUUCGCAAAGAAUUUCAUCACGCAUUUUGCGCCCGAAAUGCUCAAGGUCUAUCUGGGUGAGAUAGAGAAAUGGGUGGGCGGAAAUCAUUGGCUGAGCAAACCGUCCUUGUCAUAUACAUUGAUCUUCUUGGAGGAGUGCGUAAAGCCGAAAGCCAUGUGGGACAAGCUCAAGCCGCACAUGGACAGCCUGAUCAAGCACUUGAUCUUCCCCGUCCUGUGUCAGUCAGAUGAGGACAUGGAACUCUUUACUGAUAACCCGCCGGACUAUCUUCAUCGCAAACUCAACUUCUACGAAGAAGUGUCUGCGCCAGACAUGGCUGCCACCAAUUUCUUGAUUGCGUUGACCAAGUCUCGGAAACAACAAACCUACGUAAUCCUCUCAUAUGUCAACGAGGUCGUCACCCGCUACGAAGCCGCGCCUGAUGACCAGAAGAACCCCCGGGAGAAGGAAGGCGCUCUCCGGAUGAUCGGGUCCCUUGCCUCGGUCAUCUUGGGCAAGAAGAGUCCAAUUGCUGAUCAAGUCGAGUAUUUCUUCGUACGACAUGUCUUCCCCGAAUUCAGAUCUCCACAUGGCUUUCUCCGAGCCAGAGCUUGUGAAACCAUGGAGAGAUUCGAGCAGCUCGACUUCAAGGAUGCGAACAAUCUCAUGGUCAUCUACCGAAACAUCCUGGAGUCCAUGGCGGAUCCAGAAUUGCCAGUUCGAGUCAUGGCAUCGUUGGCCUUGCAACCGCUUAUUAGGCACGAUGCAAUCCGAAUAGCCAUGCAAUCAAACAUCCCCCAGAUCAUGCAUCAGCUUUUGAAGUUGAUGAACGAAGUUGAUGUCGACGCACUCUCGAAUGUCAUGGAAGACUUUGUCGAAGUCUUCGCCGAACAACUCACACCUUUCGCUGUUGCAUUGAGCGAGAAUCUGCGUGAUACUUAUCUCCGGAUCAUCAAGGAGAUACUAGAAAGGAACGAAGCCAAGGCAGCCGAGAGCGGUGACGAGCCUGGCUACGGUGACUAUCUCGACGACAAGGCCAUCGCCGCUCUGGGCGUCCUGCAGACAAUCGGUACUCUUAUCCUUACUCUGGAAGCGACUCCUGACGUCCUUCUUCUCCUCGAAACCAUUCUCAUGCCGGUCAUCACCAUCACCUUGGAGAACAAGCUCUACGACCUCUACAAUGAAGUCUUUGAAAUCAUCGACUCCUGCACUUUCGCUUCCAAAUCAAUAUCUGACACUAUGUGGCAAGCCUUCGAACUCAUGCACAAAACCUUCAAAGAUGGCGCAGAGUUGUACCUGGAAGAUAUGCUUCCAGCUCUGGACAAUUUCGUCUCGUAUGGUCAGCAGCGUCUGAUUAAUCACCCUCCUUAUCUCGCUGCCCUAGCUGGCAUGGUCAGGGAUAUCUUUGCUGAUCCCAAGGUUGGAGGCGUGGACCGCAUCUGUGGCUGCAAGCUCGCUGAAGCAAUGAUGCUAAAUCUCCGAGGUGGCCCUGUCGACAGCUACAUCCCGACGUUUGUGACCCUGCCUAUGGAAGUCCUUACUGGGCCUCAGCAGAAGACACUCAUGAAAAGCUACAAGAUCCACCUGGUAGAGAUGGUUAUCAAUACUCUCUACUACAAUCCAAUCUUGGCACUGCAAGUCCUUGAAGCUCACGGCUGGACCAACAAAUUCUUCUCCAUCUGGUUCGGCAGCAUCGACUCCUUCCGCCGAGUGCAUGACAAGAAGCUCUGCAUCGCCGCCAUUUCUGCCCUCUUGACCAUUCGAGCCGACCAGGUCCCUCAGUCGGUUCAGACUGGCUGGCCACGACUCCUGACUGGAGCAACAUAUCUCUUCCGCACGUUGCCCGCGGCCAUGAAGCAGCGUGAAGAGGCCGUCAAAGCCUCUGAUGGGGUUUCUGACACGCUUUCGGAGUACGCCUCCGACGAUGAUGCUGAAGACUGGGCGGACGAGCCGGCUGGAGAACAAGGACAAGAAUGGGCCAAUAUCAACACCGAAACGUUGCCUGAUACAAAAGGUGACAUCAAAGACGAGUCACAAGCAUACCUUGACUUCCUGAGCGAAGAAGCCAAGAAAUUUGGCGCCCUUGCCGACGAUGACGAUGACAGUGUUCUCGACGAAGAUAGCCUCCUCGAGAGUCCGCUCGACAAAUUCGAUCCCUACGGCGCUUUCAGAGAGUCUCUGGGCAAGCUACAGACGGAGCAGCCACAAUUGUAUCAGAACUUGACGUCGAUUCUCGAGCCAGGAGAUCGUGAGGUCUUGCAGAGCGUCGUCACUCACGCGGUGCAAACACAUGCACAGGGGCAAGUCCCAGCUUAGGUACCGGAAACAAUGCCUGAACUGCCGAAGGAACAUGCUGUAUGGGCUUCUACGUGGGUGGAAGGUGUGCACAUGAAUGACUGCCUGCGCAAGAAACGCAGAUUGUCGCGCCUUCGCUAUGACGCCUCACAUGGGGUCCCGCUGAUCAUGAGGACCUUUUUUGUUCCGCGGUGCGCGGCCUCGUUCAAAGACAGCAAAGUCAAUCUCCUCGUGUCUCUUCCGACUAAGUGAUCAAUUGAGAAGAAUAGGUUUCAAGCUGUCAAAUGGCUGGUGACAAUUGGGCUUCCGAAGAUGGGAAGAGUGACAGAAAGAGCGAGGAGAGCCAACUUGUCGGAAGCCAUCAUACUAUCAAACGGAAGAGAACUGAGAUUCUGACGGGACGGUUCUGUGCGAGGCAUGGCGUGAUGCAUGUCUAGCUUUGCCUUGAGAUGGGACUACCUUGAGAUCGGAGAUACCUGCAUGUCUAGCUAGGCUCAUGCUCGGUCCUUUCAGGUAGCUGACACCCCAGGCAUGGAGACAAGAAAGAGAAGAGAAGAGAAGGAGAAGUCUUCAUCAACCAACCAUUGUUACCCCAGCACUGUAGCCAUCGAAGUGUUGGCAGAAGAUAUAGCCCAAGUAGAGAUUCCCAAAUGCCCAAUUCGAAGUACCAUCCGCCCGUCCUGCCUCCAUUGAAGUCUG